UAUUUAUUCUGUAUUUCUUUAUGAAUUUUUUUAAUCUGUGGAUAAAAUACGAUAAAGGACAAUAAAAAAAAAUAAAUAAACGCAUUCAUUCUAUUAUUACGUUUCCACAUCAAAGUGAAAUAUAGUACUUAGUUAUUUUUUCUUUCAUUUCAUGCCUAUUGGUGUUCCAAAAGUGCCUUUUCGAAGUCCUGGAGAGGAAGAUGCAUCCUGGGUUGACGUAUACAACCGACUUUAUCGAGAAAGAUUACUUUUUUUAGGACAAGAGGUUGAUAGCGAGAUCUCGAACCAACUUAUUGGUCUUAUGGUAUAUCUCAGUAUCGAGAAUGAUACCAAAGAUCUCUAUUUGUUUAUAAACUCUCCCGGCGGAUGGGUUAUCCCUGGAGUGGCUAUUUAUGAUACAAUGCAAUUUGUGCGACCAGAUGUACAGACAAUAUGCAUGGGAUUAGCCGCUUCAAUGGGAUCUUUUAUCUUAGCCGGAGGAGAAAUUACCAAACGUCUAGCAUUCCCUCACGCUUGGGUAAUGAUUCAUCAACCUGCUAGUUCUUUUUAUGAGGCACAAACGGGAGAAUUUAUCCUGGAAGCGGAAGAGCUGCUAAAACUGCGUGAAACCCUAACAAGGGUUUAUGUACAAAGAACGGACAAACCCUUAUGGGUUGUCUCGGAAGACAUGGAAAGAGAUGUUUUUAUGUCAGCAACAGAAGCCCAAGCUUAUGGAAUUGUUGAUCUUGUAGCGGUGGUUGAGUGAAAAAGCCCGGAUUUUUUUUCGCGAAAAUUAUCGAUUUCCUAUUUUAGAUUUUUGCUGAAUUUACUACAAAUUAAAAUAUACAGUUUCAUCAGGAAAAUGAAAUAUUAAAUAGAAGUAUCAUCAGGUUAGGAUCGAUCUAAACCAGCCCAUUAUUUAUAU